CGUCGUUCGGUGCGGUUGUGUCUGUCUGCGCGCGCGCACCUUUAGCCACUUCGAAUAUAUUUGUAAAUUAAAAAGAAAAGUGCAGUGAUCCUGCUGGCAAAUAUCUAUAUUUUUGUGAACGAUAUUAGUGAAGUGUAAAUAUGUGAUGUUAUAUUUUAUGGUGUACCUACAUUCUUAUUGGAGGUUGGAUUUACCUUUCAACGCACAGAUACGCAAUGGUGAAGUGAGCGGUAUGCCGUCAGCGGCGCUGUUCGCGCUGGCGCUGCUAGCCACGGCGACGGCAGCGCACGCUCAGCUGCGCCCCGCAGACGCACCGCCUCCACUCAACGAUACACGUUGCGGAUCGGAGUGCGUGCGGUGUGGUGCGGACGGUUGUGUGCGAUGCGCGCGGCUGCUCGUGUGGCCGGGUGGCGGUUGCACACGCGUCUGCCCGCCCGGCACUCGCGAGGCCUGGGCACAUGAUGACCACCUAAUGGGACGUGUUUGCUAUCCCGCUAACACUUACAAUGAGGUGUUAGUGGGCGGGACGUGCGGCGCAAUACUCUGCGUUGCGCUGGUCGCGGCAGGCGCAGCGUACGCGCGGUGUCGCGGUCGCUGCCAGGCGCGUGCGCAGCCUCAACCUCUACCACCACUCGCCCAGCACGACGACGACGCCCGACUUAGAGAGUUUCAUAAGCAACUCGAUUGUUUACGGCCACACGCUUUCACUUUACUUGCAAUCCUGAACCACACGCGGCAUCAAGUGAGAGAGCUUUACCAACUAGGCAACAACGACGCAGCUAUGGCGUACAGCUGCGUGCUGAGCGACUUGGCCAAGCUGCUCAUACUGCUCAACAAGCAGCAGGUACCGGUCGUGCCAGACGAGUGGCCGAGACUCGCUAGUUGGGCGGAACGAAUACUGAAACGUUACAGCCGAAUGAAUGUGACUCAACAGCAACAAAGUCAACUUGUGAAUUUCCUACCAACACCACCGAGCCAGGAAUCAGAUUCCGAAACGACACAGCAAUCAUUUUCAACGUUUAAGCCGCCAUCUUACUCGCCUACAUCAUUUGACAGCCAUACAAUAGACAAAGAGCAAAACCGGAACCAAUGGAAUGACAUCAGACCACCGAGCUACUCACAGAUAGAGAGGGAGAAGGAUAACUAUUCACAAAUGGAGAGACAGAAAGAGACAAUCACACUCUCCGAUCCCUGGGAGAGGAGACCGAUUGUAAGAAGAGAAAGUGUGUGGCUCGAAGAUGAAUUAUUUGAAAUGACGAGGCGACCUCAAGACGAACUUACCACUGAACUUUAAUUCUUAAUUAAAAUAGUAUAUAACGUUAUAAUAAUUAACGUUACAAAGUAGUACAAAUAUAUCUCACUGUCUUCUUAAUUUAGUUAGAAAAUAAUUUUUAUCUAUUUUAAGUAAAUUAAAGAGGCACCAUCAACGACAGUAAUUUUAGAAUCAAUUAUUUUAUAUGUCAAUGUUUAGUAUCUUUCACGUUACUAUUUUAUACCAUUUUUACAUUUGUCGUUAAAAUUAAAUCGAGUAAAACUUAAAAUUUAAAUAUGUACCAUGAAUCAUACCUCGCUUGCCUCGACAUGAUUUCUGUAAAACUUAUACGUUUAAAAUUGUAAAUAAUUGUAUAAAAAUGAUCUGUGAAAUGAAAUUGUAAUGAAACUUUUGCAAUACAUUUUCAGUAUUUAUUAAGUCCCUUUUUAUCUAUUUUUUUUUGUUAUAAAAGAGUAAUCUUUAAUAACAAACCGACUAUAAGUCUGCAAUAAGAUCUUUUGUUCGUCAUUUAUAUUUAACCUUAAUUUAGCAUUAUAUUCAUAAUGUAACAUCAACCAAAGUAGUUAAUAAUGUAUAGGUCUAGUCUAGAAUAUUCUAUAUCUAUUAGGAAACUAAUGCACACCUGCAAAUGUAUUAUAAGUAGGUAUAUUAAGGUAGAUAACAUAUAGUUAUUUCAUGUGUUGGCAUCUAUACAACUUCUUACAAUUUCACACUCUUGUAAUGCAAUAACCCAUAAGAGGUAAAUUCGAAAUAUAACGAAAAUUGUGAAUUGGCGAUAUUUAAAUUAAACAUUUGUGUAUAUAUAAGUUAUAUUCCGUGGUACGCACAAGUUUAGUUAUGUUUUUUAACUAAGUGUAUAUUUUCUGAAAGAAAAGUAAAAGCGAUCGAUUGCUAGUAUAAAUACUGUACAAUUAAAUAAUAUCCUAUGAUAUUUUAGGCAGAUUUUUACUUCCUUAAUGCAAUUUAUAUGUAUUUAAAGACUUGCAAUCAUUUUACAUCGAAAUUGAA